GAACCUGUGGCCCUGAAGCCAAAGGAUCUGCGUUUUAAGAAGAACCACAUGAGCUCAGUUCUGGCUCUCAGGCUGAAGGGCUGGAUAGUUUUUUUCAUUGGAACAGCAGAUGGCCAGCUCAUCAAGCUUGCUGUGGACAAGAACUAUCGACCAACCUGUCCAAAGGUCCUCUACGAAACCAGUGGAGACAAUAGAGUGUUUCCAAAUAUCCGUCUAGAUCCAGUGGAUCAGAAACAUGUGUACGUCCCAUUUAAAAAUCAGGUUCAGCGUGUUCCAGUGGCAAACUGCCGCGCCUACCAAAAUAUGAAGGAUUGUCUUUCAGCUCAGGAUCCACACUGUGUCUGGUGUGUUACUCAAGCAAGCUGCACAUUUAAAGACGACUGCAAAGACGCAGAGUGGUUGUCCAUCCCUGGUCACUCCAACCAGAAAAUUAUUUCCCACAGAUUUAUGGAGGACUCCCCAGGAAAUCUGAAAAUAGUCAUCCAGACACACCUGACAAUAGAGGACAAGGUUCGGUCUAACUUCGCCUGUCAGUUCUCUACAUCCUCAACUCCACCUUGUAAAGAACAAGGACCACAACCACAGUACCCACAAUGCACCUGCAUCCUCAAAGACCCUUUUCCUGCUGACGGUAUUGACAUCACCAUAAAAAUCACUCUUGGAAAAACAUUUCUGAAGGAACAAAUAAAGAUGAUCAACUGUCCCGAUUUCCAUGGGCAACCAAGUGUUCACCUGUGUCAGCAGUGUAUCAGAGCUGGAUGUGGAUGGAGAGAGAACAGCUGUUCCUGGGCCACUGAUCCAGUCCAGAACGACAGCAUUUGUGCAAACAUUGAGCUGUUUGGGAUUCACUUUUCUAAACCAGAGAUCUCCUCCAUCGACCCCAGUGUUGUGUCAUUUUAUGGCAGAAACAAUGCUGUGUUGAAAGGUCAUAACCUCAGAGAUGUAACCAAAGUCAGGAUUCAGUCAGAAAUGAACUGUGAUCCAAAGGAAUCUCCAGUGUGGAACAACAACGGCUCCAGUCUGAUGUUCCACAUUCCCAGUUCUGAAACCAUAGGUGUGGUCACAGUGUGUCUUCUCCUCUCAGAUGGUAGUUGCCACGGAAAUACUAAAGUUACCUAUCAGUCAUCACCAAUCUGCACCGGUAUUGUGCCAGGCAGCAGCUGGAAAAGUGGGAAAAGGAUGGUCACUUUAACUGGGACCCACAUGAAUUUGGUGGAGAAGGUCACACACAGCCAUGCCCCACACGUGGUCAUACUUCCCAGGAAGAGCAGCAAUAAGGCUCUAAUCUAUGAAACACCGGCAGUCAAAAAUGACAGGAUUUCCAGCAGCACCGUGUUUCUGAAAAUAGCCAAUCAAACGUUGGCCUGCUCUACAAAGAUAACCUACUAUCCAGAUCCAGAAUUUACCAGCUUCACAGCUGUGAGUGCAGAACAGAAGAUGCAGAUCUCUAUUCAGAAAAAGGCAGAUAAAUUGAAGAUGACACCAGAGGAGUUGUUAGUUUGGGGCAUUCAGAAUGGAAAGCAACAUCCCUGCAUCAUGAAAUCUAAAGAAAGCAGAAAGGAUAUAGAAAUUUUCAGUUGUGAGGUCCAAAGCUUACAAAAUGCUGACAUCGCCCAAAUAAAGAUCAGCUAUGGAGAAGCAACAAUUAAUCUGCGAAUUUUGUCGACAUUACAUAAAUUCCUUCUGAUUCUGCGGCUGUUGCUAAUACCCUGCGUUAUUGCUGCGCUGGUGGCUAUAUGUCUUUGGAAAAAAGUGACUUGCCGCUGAGACAAUCCAACUUUAAUCCUUAUGCUUUCUGCAAGUAAAAUGUCAGUGGCAUUUUCAGCUAUUUUUGAACAGCUUUGUGUUUGAAUGCUUUGUGCACAAUGACAUUUCUAUAGUUCUGUAAAUGCCAGUAUGAAACUUAUUACCUACCAGAAUAUUAUUUUUUAUUUGUAUUUCUUUAAAUUUGAAAUUUCUAUGCUUUCAAUUCAGCAA